UGACCUAAAUAAUAAUAAAUUAUAUUUUAAAGUAUACCAAGAUAAUUUAUGUUUGCUUCACGGUCGAGUUAUCGCUGACUUUGUCAGGCAGCCUGCUGAGCAGCGGACUCGAUGGCGCUGCACUGCCUGCCUUGCAGUAGCAGCGCGUUGUGGGUGCUGUCGGCGGCGUUCGUGUUGCUGUCUGUGCCAACUUCCUACAUUCUACCAAACAAAUCAUUAAAAGAUGUUAUUGCCGUAAGAGAGAACGGCGCACUUAACCUAGAUGUCGGAUCACCGGAGAAUUCCUCCACGAUUGAAUUUUUUCAAUCGUAUUAUAAAUCUGCAGAUCUUUUACCACAUAUUAUAAUGAUCAUCAUCGGCAUCACUGUUUACCUUUUCGAGUGGAUACACAGAAAACUAAUGGAGAGAAGGAUACUGAAGCUCCGUACGUUUCUGGGCACGUCGCUGGAGCGCCUGCGCGAGGCGGACGCGCGGCGCGAGCAGCUGGAAGGCACGCUGAAGCUUGCGCGCGGCGCCUCCGCCGAGUAUAACCUUCUUGUGUUCCUGCUGCUGCGCGCAAGAGACGACGAUGAAAAGCUACAACUCUGAACUCGGAGAACAUCUAUCCUUUUUCAGGACACUUUCUGCUAAGAGGGACAGAGAAAGGAAUGAUUUCUCUGUUCCUUAUAGCAGAUAAGUAUCCGGUGAAAGGAUAGAAGUUUAGAGUUAGCAGCGGAAUACCUACUGAGCGAAGACUUCAAAAUAAUUGUAAGCUUUUUUCAAUUUACAGGAGACGUGCGGAUCAUUUUGUGGUGCAGUCAUCUGCAAUAAUAUUAACCUCCUGCAGCCAUCUGCAUUAACCUGAGUGCGUUAUUAUUAUUUGAUCCGAUAUCGGAUGUCGGAUGAGCCUUGGACAAGGACCGCUGCCCCCCAUGGUAUUAAGUUAUUUUAGCUUUGCAUUAAAGCUUGCCUUUUAUAAAAGGCACUGUUUAUAUUUUGUUUCUUUGUGAUAGUAUCCGACAUCCGAUAUUGGAUCGGAUAUUGUGAAAACGUUCUCAGGCUGGAUACAUUAACUAACGUAGUAUUAUCGCAAAUGGUUACAAUCGAGACUUGCUAGCAUGAGUUGCAUUCUAGCGCGAGAACUCGUGUUCGAGAAUGCAACUCAUGCUAGACGGUCUGAUCUUCAACGUCUUGAUGGUAAAUAGGUAAGUGUUUCGGUGCUCUAAGUAAAUAUUAUCAAACUGCACAACGGGACUUAAUCGCGUAUUUAAGUUUUAAGAUAAGACCACGGGGACAACGCCGUCCUCGAAACGUCGGAGGUAAAUCUUAAAACUUAAAUACGCGAUUAAGUCCCGUUGUGCAGUUUGAUAAUGUUUAAUAAUCGUGAAAGUUUAAAUCAGUGCUCUAAGUAAAUGUUUGUUUCGUGGUUUUUAUAGCGCAAUGCUGUUUAUUUUAAUGUAAAUUAUCGUAUUACA